CGAUUACAAUUAUUAUGUAACCACUUCAGCGUCAAGGAAGACAACUCGCAAUACUUAGUGUUGACCAUCACAGACCUCGUCUUGUGGCAAUUUGGCUUUUAUUUUACUACAGUUUCCGGAUCACGAUAGGAGACAUGAUACUGCCUCCAAAUACAUUUCAAAAUGUAUGACACACCAAUUAGUCUACAGGAAUGCUGUGUGGAUUUUAUUUGUGAUAACUUAGCAGCCCUUUGUGAUAUUCAGACUCCAGAAAACAAACAAAACAGAUUGGUGUUUAAGGAUGCUGAAGUUUGCUUUCACAGUGACCUUUCAGAACAGCUGCUAACAACGUUAUGUAGCAAAGGUAAACUUAAUGAUGAGGUUUUAGGCUUGUUUGAUUCCAAUGGCACUACACUGCGACGGGUCAGCAUACAUGAUGCACAGGUAACCACAAAAGGGUUGCGAGUGUUAAAGUCACAUCGCAUAUCUGAACUUGAGAUCACUGGUCUAAAAGGGGUUCCUGUCAAUGAUCUGAUAGGAUGUCUAGGAGAGUGGACUUUAACAAAUCUGCGUGUGCUCAAUGUCUCAAAUAAUACUUUCCUGAACAAUGCCAAGUUUUGUGUUGUAGUAUCUCUGUCAAAACUGAAGAAUUUGCACAGCCUUAAUGUAAGUUUUACUGAGUUUAACACACAUGGUCUUGAGAUCAUUGCUGAGGACCUCCCAUGCCUGGAGAAUCUGGAUAUCUCGAGCACACUGAUCUCAGACAUCUCAUCUCUUCGCAAAUGCAAAGACAGGCUGAAAAUGCUGUCCAUGUAUAACCUGCAGCUUUCCAACAAUGAUGAGGUAGUCACUGUGCUUUGUGAACUUGCCCACCUGCGUCACCUGGAUGUAUCUAGUGAUGCACUUGGCCAGUCUUUUAUGACUGUUCAUCAGGGUCAGUUCAGGGUUUCAUCAUUGUUAGAGAGAACUUCAGCUCAUCCUCAGAUUGUUUCUCUGGACAUAUCUGGCCGAGAUGAAGUACCAGAACCACUCUUGAGAUGUUACCUUGAAACACAUGCUCACCUGCAGUUUCUUGGCUUAUCUCUAACAAGGGCCAGCGAGUACUCACUAUUUAUGGAAAGCUCCUCAGAUUGCAGUUCGCAUAUUGUUGUGACUGGGGAAGCCAGUGUACCACAGCUGAUGGAGGCACUACGUAGGUAUGUGAAUCGAUCAGUGUAUAUCCAGAAAACCCUCUUCCGUCUGUUCACCUUUUCACAGGGAUUUGUCAAACCUAGAGAAGACAUCAUCAAGUUAGUGUUGCCAGGCAUGAAGAUGCAUCCCAAACAACUUGGUGUACAGAUGGCCGCUACUGCCUGUCUUUACAACCUCACCAAAGGAGAGCUUGGACCAAGGAUCCACCCUGCAUGCUUGCAACAGGUUGUUAACUUGACUUUGCAAGCCAUGGAAAAUUUUCCUAAUCACCAGCAGCUACAGAAAAAUGCACUACUGACACUUUGCAGCGACAGAAUUUUGCAGGAUGUUACAUUUGACCGGUUUCAUUGCGCGAAACUUGUAAUGGAGUGUUUGUGUGCUUUUGAAGACAUCUCCAUGAACAGGAUGUCUGUUGCAAUCUGUUCCAUCCUUGCUGCUAAGAUAUCAACUGAGCAGACAUCUGUGCUAGGAUCUAAGCCACGCUACAUGAGGAAGCUUCUUUCACUUGUAAAGAGUCGCAUGGAAACACAAAACUUUGAUAUCACAUUGAAGUUCACUUUAAGUGCAUUAUGGAACUUGACAGAUGAAUCACCACCUACUUGUGGUGUGUUUUUGAGUGAACAGGGGCUUGACCUGUUCAUGAACAUGCUGCAGUCUCUAGGGAAUGUUGAGGCAGAGAACCGAGUCCAGGUAGAGACCAAAAUCUUGGGUCUUCUGAACAACAUUGCUGAAGUAAAGACACUGAGACAGGAUCUCAUGAGAGAAGACUUCAUCAUGCUUGUCAGACAGUUGCUUCGAACAACGCACAUCGAUGUGAGUUACUUUGCUGCUGGAAUAAUCGCCCAUCUGGCCAGUGAUGGAGAAGAAGCUUGGCGAGACAUUGCUGGAAUGCAGCGUGCUGACAUUCUUGAAGAACUUGGUGAAGUGGUUGCAGGCUGGGAACAACCACAAGGUGAAAUGGUUGCAUACAGAUCUUUCAGCCCUUUCUUUCCUUUGCUGGACUGCUUUGACACACCCUCAGUACAGCUGUGGGCUGUAUGGGCUAUUCAGCAUGUGUGCACUAAAAAUGGUGACAGAUAUUGUCCACUGCUACAAGAAGAGGGAGGAGUUGACAGAAUCCACAGACUUAUAAUGACACACAAUGCUGAUAGCAGUCUCUCACAGAUUUCAUCUGAUAUCCUUGAUCGUCUCAGCAGGCAUGUGCGAGCACGCUGAAGAAUCAUAUUUUUGGCUGCAUGUAGUUUUGAAAUCACAGAAUCAUGGGACACCUGCAGAUUACUUUGUGGUGUUGAUCAUCCUACCUUUUGUCUAACACGUGGUGUUUGGCUAAUGUAUUUAUCUUUCUCAGAUGGUCUGGCUCAGCAUGUUUAUUGCUGCAGUCUUUCAGUGGGCAUGCAGACAUGAGAGUGUAAGGAGUGUGUAUAUUUUAUUUGUCAAUCUUUCCCCAAAUGUAAGCAGGAAGUUAAAUACUAUCCUUUUUAUCAUUAUUGUUGCCAUCUUCAUGUAUUCCUUGUUAAAGAGUUUCAGUGAUAGUUGAUAAUAAGAAAUUAAUAAUAGUAAAUUAGCAUCCUGAUUCUGUCCAUCUCUGAUGGCUAAUUUCUGUUAUUUGAUCAUGAUUUUUGGUUGGUUGUUUUGGAGGCAGCUUCAUUACUAAAUUUGUUUCAUACUGGAUUUAAAUUUUUUUGUUGAUGGUAUAAGGGUUAGAAACAAAUGUUCAAAUUGCAACACAAUCUGCAUUUUGAUGAAAAUCAAUGUUUAAGAGCUUGUAUUUGUGAAUUUCACUGUGUAACUUGAUGUUUCCUGUUGAGGUUUGUGUUAUAGGUUAUCAUUUUGGAAGUAUGCAUUGGUUCCAGAUUUUAAUAAUACAGUUUGUUUGAAGCACUCCUUUUCCUCAGAUUCGAUGCUGUAUAUGAAAUACAACCACAAAAAACCCAGAAUAUUAAAUGUGUAUGUCUGUUGGUAAAAAAUUUAUCCCAAAUUUGUGGAAGAGAAAAGACAUUGCAAGAAUGUCAUUACCAAAGAGGAUACCAAGGGCGACCACUUAGAUGGGAAGGUGAAGCUGCACUAACCUGGAUGUAACUGCAGCCAUGGCCUCCUUCAAUAAGUAUCAGCUAAUUUGAUUCUUUUUGGUAUAAUUGUUCGUCUGAGGAUGCCUGGUGGUACAUGGUGUGCUGUACUGAGUUGUCAGAACUCUUGAACUAAAGGUUUUCAAUUAUUCUCUUUUCCAAAGGACGAAGGGAGUUGCGUCAACAGCAUUUCCUUUUUUUAGUAGAUUUAAAAGUCGCAUUUGGUUUUGGUUCUUUGGUUUUGACGCUAAAAAAAAAAUUCAACUCCUUUUUGUUCAAAGUUUGCAGCUCUUGAUUCCUUUCCUCAGUCUUAUCUGUCAUGUUUAACAUCCAGUUGAUUCGUGGCAAGACUGAUGAGCUUCAGUCAUGGGUACACAACUUUUGAUUACACAGGGAUAAUUGUUUGUUGGCAUUUACUGAAACAUGGCUCCAUGACAGUGACUCUGAUCUUGACAUAACUGGCUUCUGUGGCCCAUUUAGAUCAGACAGAUCAGCCACAAUUACUGGUAAUGGGCGUGACAGAGGAGUCUGUUUCUAUGUUAACUGCAAGUACUGUCAUAAGUAAUUCCUCUUGAAAGUAUGUGUACUCACAGUCUUGAAUUACUCACAAUUUUGCUUCGCCCAUUUUAUCUCCCGAGAGAAUUCCUUCCAGUCGUUUUUCCACCUUGCGUACAUCCACCCCAGGGCAACUGUUUCCAAUGCGUUACAGUGCAUUGCAGACAACUCGAUUUGCUCUGAUGCUCCAAAGUCACUUCGACAGCUAUGUUUUCACUGAUUAAGAAAUGUAGAAAACUUUACUUACCCUAGACACUCAAAUUAACCUCUUUCAUAGCUGCAUAAAACCUAUUUUGUUGUAUAAAUAAAUCUGGGCUUUUGAAUCUCUUGAUAUUUGUGAUAGGAUUCAACUAAGAUUUCUGAAAAUGAUGUUAAAUGUUAAAACUAGCACACCAACAAGUAUGGUAUUAGGUAAAUGGUCAUUUUUUCCUGUGUAAAUUUUUACAAAAUAUAGGUUAAGGUGUUUUUGGCAUAGGUUAUAUAUAUGUGGAAUAUAACUCUGGAACUAAAACAUUAUCUGUUUUCCUGUUCAACUUUCUACUUGAUAUCCCAUUAUGUAAACUAUCCUGGUUUAGCUAUUUAUGUUCAUUGUUAGAUGCCUUAAAUCUUGCCUUCAUCUGGAAAUGUGGCUGUGGAUUUUCUCCCUGUCAUUUUAAAAAUAUUGUAAUGCAACGCUUAAAAGAUCAAUGUAUUCAAAAAUGGAAACAAGACAUUUAUACAAAUAAAAUCGGCACCACUGACAUUAUGUUUAAAGAAUAUUUUGGUUUAGAGAAUUACUUGAAAUGGUGUAAUUUAGAUGAGGUGUGAUGAAUUUCAUUGUAUGUUUCUGUGUGCUUACCAUUUGAUUAACUGUUUCAUGGAAAGUACUGCUUCCUGUGUAUUUUGUGCAUCAGUCUAAAAGUAUAUUUAUUAAUUUAAGCAAAUUUAUUCAAAUUGCAUUAUCACAUUUUAAGUAAUGUCUCUUUUGUUUUUAGUGUCAUGUAUUCAUCUAUGUAUUUUGGCAUAUUGUCGCCAUGUGUUGCACAUAUGAGGUUGUUAUUGUGUUAUUGUUAUGAGAUGAUGUUGUGGCUAAAAAUUCCCCUUGGGCUUAGAGCCAAUAAAUAAAAAAAAUAUGUAACAUCAUAAUCUCUUCAUGUGACAAAAAUCUGUCCAAUUAGAAUUGUUUGCUAAACCAAUGCUAAUGUAGUCUUGAGAUGUUUCUUUUUUUAUUUUUUGUUUUUGUUUUUUUCUAAAUUUGCACCUUUGAAAAAGGUUUUCAAGCUCUACUUCAGAAAGGUACAAAAGCAUGGUUCAUGACUGUGUGUCAGGAUCGUCAGAACAAAGGUGCAGUACGCCCGAAUCUAGCAACGUUUACUUGUCUAAAGGGGGCAUGGCCCUAUGCACUGUAACCAUGGCUUGACUUCAAGCUCUCAUAUAAUAAUUGUUGCUCUUGGUAUCCUCUUUGGUCUUUACUUCAAGUUAUAUGAAGGAUUUGAUUGGUUAUCGUUUUUAUUCUAGUCAUAGUUACAUCAUUUGGCUAUUUGUGUCACAAUAAAUAGCUAGUGCACACAUUUUAAGACUAACAUUGUUUUAUAACUUGCAGUGUGAUUUAAUAGAGUUUGUAAAAUAUUAAGUACUGAGUCCUAUAUUUACAAAAGUUAUAGUUUCACACACUGGCAUGCAAAGUCCAAAAAAUAUUCAGCUGAUAUCAAACUUACAAAAAUAAUUAUACCUGUAAUUUACUUUAAUACUUAAACUAAAAGACAUGUCCUUUUUGAUAGUCUACAAAUUAAUUCAAGUGGAUUAGAUACUGUUUAUUUUACAGAGAUUUUGCUAUAAUUGUGUGUGCCAUAUGAGAAUUUAUAUGUUGAUUCUUGCUACUUAUUUAGUAAUGUGUAUCAUGGAAUUUACAAUAAGUGAUUGUAUCUGUACAGAUUUUAUUGCUUUCAUAUUGACAAUCGUGUAAAAUUUAUCAUCUUGUAAUCUUGUUGUAUCAACUUACAUUUGAACAUUAUGUUUACUGGCAUUUCUUUAGCACUCAUGACUAUCUUUCAAUAUGUUUGCACUGUUUCUGUUACAAAGAAAGGGACGCUAAUACGUUAGUUACAAAAUUGUUAUGGUAUUUGGGAUUAACACACAGUUAUAAAAAUUGUUACUGUGUUUGGGCCGACAGAUAAACUAUUAAAAAUUGUCCUUUAAGCUCCUUUGAUGCAUUUAUAACAUCAAGAAAGGGAAAGUUGGAUUGGAGGCUGACAGUAAAUACUUUCUUAAUCUUCGGAAUGUGCCAUCUGCUAAGACCUCUUUGCCGUAGGGUCUUACUGAAACGCUUUUGAUUUAACAGAAAUGGCUACACGUCCGAGCAAAAAGAUUUUCAUUUACACUUGCAUGCUGCUUGUGAUGCAAUCUUUUUUUUGACAAUUUUCUUAAGUGUGUAUUUUUGUCAAUUUUUUUAGUUUCAAAAACUCUAAUGGCAAGGAAGAAUCAUGGCAUGAAUUUGAACAAGAAAUGGUUUUGAGAAAUGUUAGAUUUUUUUUUUUUUUUGGGUGUGUGUGUGUGUGAGACGACACAAGUAGGCUUGCUUCUAUGGCAACACCUUGUUAAUAGGUGCUUGAAAUUCUUGCAUUUGCUCUGGCCUACAGUUAGGAGAAUCCAAGUCAAAUUCCCCAAUUUUUGUUUUUAAAGUAUCACAAUGCCUUAUGGGCAUUCUUAAACAGGUGUCCUCAUAUACAUGUAUUUAAAAAUUUGUCAUAUAUGCUCAGCCUUUUUAAUCAAUCAACAGCAUUCAACUUGAUUUUAUCGUUUACUUGGGUUAACCUUUAAAACCAACAAUUGUAAUUUAUAGAAAAACUCUUUCCAUGUGUUUUUAAAUCAAACUUCCUCAUGUGCAGUUACAGUUGGCCAGUUUUGUGACAUUAGAUAUUUAAUCUCAUUUUCAUGUUUAGAUGUAACAUAAGGUGAUGUUCAUUGUGUGAAAUAGGGUUAUUUAUAAUUUAUGUGCAAUUAUAAUCCAUGUGGGUUAUGAUCUAUUUUCAUAGUUGCCAUUGUUCAUAUUUUAAUUUCCCAGAUCUUUUUCCAAGUUACAUUUCUUCUUAAUCAGUCAUUAUGAAGGAAAUAUAAUCACCAGCUUCAGAAAAAAGUAGUUUCAGAAGUUGUAAUCUUCUUAAAAGUCAAGUGGAAAAGUUUGUUGUGCUUACAAGAAGUGACAGGUUUGUCGUGUUGGCAAUGUUCAAAGGCAUAUAAAUGUUGGGUUUUUGCAAACUGUUUAAAGCUUAAGCAUUUAAAGCUUACUUUUUGUAACUGAGAGAGGGCACACUAGUGAUUCAAACAUUUUCCAUGAAAUUACGUACUUGCAAAAUUAAAGUGCUACUGGGCUUUAUAAGUGGUUGGUACAAAAUGAAGUGAGCAGUUAUUUAGUGUCUGGCCUAACACAAAGUUCCCUAGUUUAGAUAUGACUGUGAAUUGUGAAAUCUUUCUUCACAUGUGAACAGUCGUUGCUUAAUAGACGAUCCUUUGAACAUUACGACAGCAUCUGAAAAUGCAGUGUCUGGUUUGGGUUUUUUUUGUGUGUGCAGUAUUCAUUGUUUUCUACUUGGAUAUCUAGGUAAGUGGUUAGCGGAGUGGUUAAAGCACUGACUUUUGAGGCUGGAGAUGGGUGUAUUAAUCUCUUUGAAUUCCAUGUGGCACAUUAUACUUAAUCAGCUGUUGAAUGAGGUACCUGACCCCUUACAGAGUUAUAAAAGGUAUGCUGGCCCUGAGAAAUGUUAGGUCUCUUAACACUUCACUUCCAACAACCAAACUGUUAAAGGACUACCUUUACCUUACCUUCAUUUUAUAUGCAUGCAUAAAGCAUGAAACAAGCUCUGAUUUCAGCUUUCAAAGAAUAUAUGUCCUCUGAUAUGUUUAAAGUGAAACCUCAGUGAUACAUGAUAUGUCAUAUAUUUAAAAAAAAUUGUGGACUGUUUAAAUUGGUGCCAACAUCUGGAUCUGUGUGGCAUACAACAGUAGUUGUUUUAGCAGCAGUUAAAAAGAGUUUUAUGUGUGCUUUUAAAAAAAAAAUGGUGGUUGGAAGACUUGACAAAGAUGACAGAGAUAUUUCUGAAAGUUUCCCUAAAGAGUUGAAUGUUCUUAAAAUGAAAUUCGCUUGCUGUUUGUGUUGUAAAUAAUUCAAAGCUUUUAUCAACAUGUCAUUGUUGCUCUACUCUAUUUGAUUGAAAUAAAUAUGUGGCCAAACAUCAA